AUGGCACACAUCUUCGAUCUCGCCCCUCAGCUCGUCUCGGGUCCCUACAAGGACGGAGUCAAAGCCACAGACCAGGUCAAGUACCCGGACACGUCUGUAUUUCAGGGCUUCAACAAACCCUCGCGCUUGGAAGGGGACGUGUACGACUUGGAAUUCACGGGGACCAUCCCGCCCGAGAUCAACGGGACAUUCUACCGCAUCCAGCCCGACCACCGCUUCCCGCCCAUCUUCGAGGACGACAUCCACUUCAACGGCGACGGGAGCGUCACGGCGAUCAGGAUCCAGAACGGGCACGCCGACUUCAAGCAGCGCUAUGUCCAGACAGAUCGGUACAAGGCCGAGACGAGCGCCAGGAGGGCGCUGUUUGGAAGGUAUCGAAAUCCCUUUACGGAUAACGAGACGGUGAAGGGCGUGGUGCGGACGGCUGCCAACACCAAUAUCACCUUCUGGCGAGGCGUCCUGUUGGCAAGCAAGGAAGACGGCCCGCCGUAUAUCAUGGACCCCGUCACUCUCGAAACAAUCGGCCGGUACGACUUCGAGGGUCAGAUCCUCACACCCACGUUCACAGCGCACCCCAAGUUCGACCCGGACACCGGGGAAAUGCUGUGCUUUGCAUACGAAGCUGGCGGGGACGGCCAUGACGGCUCAAAUGACAUUGUAGUGUGGACGAUGGACAAGGACGGGAAGAAGACCGAGGAAUGCUGGUAUAAGGCUCCGUUUUGUGGAAUGAUCCAUGACUGUGGAGUCAGUAAGAAUUACAUGGUGUUGCCGUUGACGCCGAUCAAGUGGACGGGCAUGGACAGGCUGAAGAGCGGAGGGAAUCAUUGGGCAUGGGAUCCAAACGAAGAUCAGUGGUACGGUCUUGUUCCCAGACGAGGAGGGAAGUCGGAGGAUAUUGUCUGGUUCAGGGCUGACAAUGCCUUCCACGGGCAUAUCGCAGGAUGCUAUGAGAACGAAGACGGCCAUGUCGUUUUCGAUCUCACUGUCGCAGACGGCAAUGUCUUUUUCUUCUUCCCACCUGUCGAUGAGAAGGAAGGACCGCUCUCCAAGCGCAACCAACUGCGAAGUCCGACCACUCGAUGGAUCUUUGAUCCUAAAGCCAAGUCGGGAGCAAGAGUCACCCCAGCUGAAACCUGGAUGACGAAUGGCGAAUUUUCUCGCAUUGACGACCGAUUCGUGACCAAGAAAUACAAUCACUUUUGGCAAGCAAAAGUCGACCCGACGAAGCCUUAUGACUUUGCAAAAUGCGGUCCACCGGCAGGCGGCUUGUUCAAUUGCUUAGGCCACUACAGCUGGGACGACAGAACGGAGGAUGUGUUCUUCGCCGGACCGACAGCGACCUUCCAAGAGCCAACGUUCAUCCCCAAGGACGGGGGCGCUGAGGGAGAGGGCUAUCUCAUUGCGUUGCUCAACCAACUCGAUGUCCUCCGAAAUGAUAUAGUUAUUAUGGAUGCUCUCGACGUGGCCAAGGGACCGCUGGCAGUGAUACACCUACCUUUCAAACUGAAAUUGGGCUUGCACGGCAACUUUGUCGACCACAGAGACAUUGAUGAGUGGCAGAGGAGAAGGUCCGAGUCGGGCGAUCUUGGACCGGCCCAACCAGCGACAGAGCCUCUACCCUGGCAGAUCCGCCAGAGGGAGCUGCAUCGGAAUGGACAUAAUGGAGUCAACGGUGCUGGAUCCAAUGGCGUGGACGGUAGUCAUUGA